AUGCCGCCAUCAGGAGACACGCACAUCCACGAUCCUCUUCCAUAUCUCUCUCAGCCCGGUCAAAUUUUCAAGAUUUACAAUUUCCGUGAUACAUGUAUACCGGACCUUCUCGGUGAAAGAUCUACUCAGAUCUUCUCCGAGACCUGCCUUGAACGAGAGCAGGCUCAAAAUCGUUUGAUGAAAAUAGCGCUGGAUAAGAAUCUUCAAAAAGAUAUUUGGGUUGCCCUGGACGAAGGCUCCGAGAUUUUCAUGGUGGCCGAGAAGAACCGCUAUUAUCAAAUUAAGUUCACAGAGAAACAGCUUCCACGCGAUAUACAGUGGACGUACAGUGAUGAUCUCAAAGUGAUUCUCAUUGAUAGCCUGGACGAGAGUGACCGAAAGCAAGGUGGAUGGUUGAAUCCACCCCCCGUCAGAGGCGGACAACCAAUGAUCUUAAUUCCAUGUCUUGGGGAGAAAUUUCGACGAUGCGAUAUUCUUGAAUCAUAA